AUGUAUUUACUAGAUUUGGGUGGAGAAGGUGGAGUUAAGAUUGGAAGAGCGACAGUUAGGGAAUCUCGGUCCCUUCGUCUUGUCCACGAUGUCCAUCUUAACAGUCACCGAGAAGAUGCUUCGCAACAGCCUCUUUUGGUAAUUGGAAAUGGAAGGACGUACAGCGUGUCCGAAACUUCUCCCAAAAGGGCCAUUAUGGGAGUGAUUCAAAAAGCGGCGUUGAUCAAGAAAUCUAAAAGUAACGGUUCAAUAACUACCAACGAUGACGGCGAUGAACAGAUCUAUUGGCUAAGACCAGCUAUUGUACCUUCUCAAAACUCGCCGGAUGGAUCCAAAUACUUCUGCUGGUUUAAGAAGAAACCGAAACAAAAAGUUACUUUCGAUGAAUCGACAAGUAAUGCAGCUAAUCGGUAA